CUUUGGUUUGAGUACUUCUUCAAUAGAAAUACUUGUUAUACUUUUAUCAUGCUGGAUAAAGUACUUCUUCGUUUGAAGGAAGAGGUAGCCAUGGAUGGUUAUCAAGGCACAUCUAUUAACGACAUGUGGUCUUAUGUACAGCGUUUUUUAUCAGAACAAAUUAAUAAUAAUAAUAAUAAUAAUCGCGAUGCCAAAAUCGAACCAGUAGUGGAUAUGAAUUACAAGAAAUACUUUUGGUCUCAGCUACGAUACGUUCCCGAACUAUCAUUUUUUGAACAACAUCAACUUGCUUCUAUAGAACAACAAAUGAAAAACAAUAACUCCGAUGGAAACGAAGAUACAGUGGAUCUCGACUAUAAUUUAUUAAAUCACCUAGUUGAACUUGGAUACGAUCAAGUCGAUAGCAAAUAUGGAUCUCAAUUACGUGUUGUGGCAGAAAAGAAGUUACAAGAAGCUCAAUUAUUUGUGGAUGUACCCUUUGGACAAACUUGGUCAACAAAUCUUAGAAAAGUGCUUACGACGAUCUUACAGGCUAGAGAAGGAGGUGUGACUCAAGCAGAACUUACAAAUAUUUGGAACUUUGAUCCUAGAUCAACUGGUCAUUAUGUCAAAUCAUUGGAAAAAAAGGGUGCCAUAUUCCGUGCUAUGGUGACGGUGAAUGCAACACGAACUAACAUUUGUAUCCAUACUCGAUUCAAUAAAGGUGAACCAGUACUUGAUUGCUCUAAUCAAUAUGCACCAAAUAAUGUCAAUAUGAAAGGCGAAAUAUUCACCAUGAAGGUAUUCCGGGAUCGACUUACUGUAUUACUAUCGGAUGCAAAAGAUCAUACAAUGUUUAGUACUGAUAUUCUUACAGCAUUGGGCUUCAAUUUGGCAAAUCGAAAAGUCAGAAAAUGGUUCAACAGAACAAUUGAUAGUCUUACUCAUCAAGGCGUCGUGCGGAAAUUGGCAGCUCAAAAGAAUAACACUGGUCCAAGACAUCGAUGUAUUCAACUUUUGGAUUCAAAACAAGGACCUCUCGAUACCAAAAAUGUGGAUGAAGAUGAUGACGUUGACAUGACUAGCGAUGUUGCUUUUGAUGAUUUGGAACCUUUCGUAUUGAAACCUAUUACGGAAACCGCGGGCGGUGGCAAACUAUUACACGGUGUUAGUUUGGAUUAUCAAAUCUUACAAGUUAUUCGAAAUGCUGGUGAACAAGGAAUCACUCAAAAGGAUAUUGGAAUCGCAGUACGAUGUGAUAACAUUCGGGUGGCAGGAAGAGUUAUGGAACGAUUGAUUGAAAUCAAAGGGGAUGCUCGAUUCAAGUACGGCAUUGAACGUGUUUUGGAAUUUGAAGGACGAAAUCGGCGAUAUCGGUACUACUCAUAUGCGAAUUAUCUCAAGGUGCAAGGAGAAUCAAACCUAGAAAUACCUCCAUUCGAGCCAUUUAGCUGUCAUCCAUCAUAUCUCAGAGAAGUCGAUUAUCGUGCUAUACAACCUGAUGGAAAGAAAGGAAAACUACCCAAGACAUCCAAGGCAACCAAGGCAUCGAAGGCAACCAAGACAUCGAAGACAACCAAGACAACCAAAACGUACAGGAUACCGAUGGUACACUCCGAGCCAUUAUCACCAACAAACGACAAUCAAUCUCCUUCUAUCGAGGAAGAAACAUCAUCUGUAGUUACAGACAUGCAGCAAGAAUCAGUAGAAGGAACACCAUCUGCAGUUACAGAUAUACAACAAGAACCAGUACAAGCAACAUCAUCCACAACUACGGACAUACAGCAAGAACCAAUACAAGGAACAUCAUCCACAACUACGGAUAUAGAGCAAGAAGCAGUACGAGAAUCUAACGUUCGAUCCCGUGGCAAAAAGCGUGCAACAUCAGACAGUACCAGUGACCAAUCAACAAAGAAAAAACAGCGACCACAACGAACGACGGCUAACAAAAUCGUUAAUUAUUUCAAAAAAAUAAUUCACCAGGCAGACUCAGACACUUCUGCUGACUCUUCUGAAUCUCCAUCGGCAUCAUCCUCACCAUCGUCAACAUAUUCAGCAUCCUCACCGUCUUCAUCGACUACAUCGGACGUCAGCACUGAACAUCCAUCAACACAGCCAUCUGUCGAACCAAUCAUGCCCUCGGCAAUAACAUCCACAUCAACAUCCUCAUCAAUAACGCCAGUAGUGGAGAAAACACCCAGCGAAAUCGCUUCAACCGACACAGAAGACAGAAGGAUGACUGACAACAACAUCAAGACCAAGCCAGUUCAAAUCAACAAGUAUCUACAACAGCGUAAAGAAAUCAUCAUGGCUCUAUUGGAAGAUAAGCAUAUUGUGGAACGUGGUAUUGAAUUACGGAAUCUAUUUAUGGCCAAACGGAAGGAAUUGUAUGAUGAGGCACCAGAAAGUUCGCACCAAAUUGAUAGCAAGACACUCUGGCGGUCGGUGGUAGCAUUGAAAGAGGAAGGACAAGUUCAUACGCGAGAAGGACAAAUACUAUUACUCAAUGGAAAAAAGAUGACCAAGCACAUCCUGAUUCACAAGUCUCUGGACCCCAAUGGAACUGAAGUCAAUGACUACUUUGACUAUAUGAAUGAACGUAAAGUCAUGAAAACGCAUAUAACCAAAAUGGAAACUAUCGAAAAAGCGUCUGUGGAUGUGGAAGGACUGGACGACCGAUUGACUCGUAUGCAAAAAUUGAAAGAAGAAGCUCUAGCGAACAAUAAAAUGAUGGAAGCCAAACGUAUUGAUAUGGAAAUCCAACAGAUCAAAGGUAACUCGAUUAUUUCUGGUGAAACAUGGGAUCCUUCUCUUCCAAAGAAGGUGAGCAACUGGCUUAUGGUAGCUAUGCAAUUUGGUUACGCCAAUUCUCGUAUGGUUAGGAUCAAACUUUUCCAUCAAUAUCUUUUGGGCAUACUUUUAUUGGACAAGGAACAAGGUGUAGAUACAACGACUCGAACUAUUUCCACAAAUGUGAUCAUUCAUCGUAUGACUCUGGCAUUCUUAUGCAAGGUGAUUGGUGUUUUCCAUCCUACUGAUGAAUUCCGCGAAUAUGUACAAGACGAAGCACAUGGCAACGUGACGUUUAUUGAUCUUCCUAAUUCAGUACGUAGUUGUAUCCUUCAUGAAAAAAACAGGUUCCGUUAUCGGGUACGAGGUCUCCUUCAAUUCUUGGUUUUUCUUGGUGUACUUGAAAUGGUUCAAAAGAAAAACAUGACAGCGGAAGAUAUCAAGGAAGAUGAAGAUAAACAAACGAUGAAUAUGGAACGACCUCUACAUUUGGGUGUGGCAUACCGAUUGACAGACAAAACAACUGUACGCAACUAUCGACUUCCUGAUCGUCCUAUUGUACAAGAACACUCACUACUCACUCAAGCUGAUGCCCUGAUGUAUUGGAGCGAUUUACAAUACGUGUGUACCAAGUUAUCUCUAAGUGAUGGGGAAUCGGCGGUUCCUAUACUGAACGACGACAGUGAAAUAUGGAUCCGAUCAUUGUAUGCGACGAAGAAUUGGAGCAUUAACUUUGUGUUUUCUCAAGAUCAAAGAAAGGUGUUGAACAAAAACGUCGAUCGACAGGCUCAAACAACUCCUCUCAAUAGCACGGCUUGGUGUAGAUCUAUUGCAACUGAUCUUGGUGUGUCCAUUGAUGCAGUACGUGGAUAUUAUCGGAAGGUGGAAGAUGCCAUGGAACGAUCAGCACGAAGAAUGCGAAUCAAAUCGAAACAACAGGAUAUCGUCAUCAUUGGUUCACCACAGAGACGGCGACGACAACGACGACAGGAACCACCACGACCACGACAAAGACAAAGACGACAAAUAUAUGAUAGAGGAGUGGUAUCUGAUAGCAACAAAGUGAUUACUCUUGCAACUACAUCACCAUUCAAAUUCAAUCAACAUUCCAUGAAACAAGGUCGACGAUUGGCUAUGCAACAACGACGAGAACAACAAAGAUUACAACAGUUAUCUGAUGAUGAUCAAGAUGAAGAAACAAAAAGUUCAAGAUUGUUUUUGGAUGAUGAUACAACUAUACCAUUGAUGACACAAGAGGAGUUGUCUACUACAAAAUUGAUGAUUCCCCGUUCGAAACGAAAAACUUGGACUACAGAAGAAGAUGAUCUUUUAAAAUUAUGCUAUGUUAUCUCCAAUCAUCGAAGAGAAGCUGGAUGCCGAUUUAGUUGGAAGCCUAUUGAAGCCGUUUUAAAUAUUGUGCCAGCACGAUGUCGACGAAGGAUCACUUUUCUCAAGGAAACUGCAAAACAUGCGGAGGAUCUACAAAAAAUUCGAGUCAAAUGGCAUCGGUUUUACAAUCAGGGUGUUCGUGAAGGAGUCAUCACUACUUGGAAGAAGGUGGCCGAUACUGAUUUUGGACUUGUGGAUUAUGUGACCUAUUAUCUUGAACAAAGUCAACUUGAAGAUAUACAAGAUACUUCCUCUGUUGUCCGAUGGUGGUUACCAACUACUGCUCAAAUGAUUGAAAACAAUUUCAAUGUCACCACUAUUGCUGCGCUCAACAAACAAAGUAUUAGUUUUAUGGAAGAUGAAUAUCAUACUCGAAAUUCGGCCAUUUUGAUGCGACAAACUUUAUGUACCCAUGCUUUUACUCAACGAGUACAUCUAGCUGAAUCAUAUGACAAUUUUGCAACAAAAGAUCUGACUGAAACGGAUUGUGAUAGGCGAAAAAUAGAAUUGUUAAAACAGCUUUUCAAGAUGAUCCUGAUGACACCUGCUGAAUUAUACGAUCCAUAUUAUGCCCAUACCUUGGUCUCAAGUUUCCCACAAAGUCUACUUACAUGUGCUAUUACAGAAUCUCGUGCGGAAGGUGUGUUGGUCAAGGCCAAAGGUGAACGUAUCACUGAUCGACGUAUACCAAAGACAUUAUUAGGAUUUUCUGAAAGGUUCAUGCGCAAUAUGGCUGUGCAAACACCAGAAAAUAUUUGGUCUCAAGCUCGGGAAUAUGAAAGACAUCUUGUCGAAUCAAAAACUUCCAAUGUAGAUCCUGUGGUGCUCAACAGUGGGAUGAUGGCAUGCAUCUUGGAUUUAGUUUCAACUGGAAAUCUGUCUAUCAAGAUUACCAAUUUUGAUGAAUUUAUUGAAAAACAUGGAGCACCCAAUCAUGCAUCAAGAGGCCUCAAGGAGAAAAAUACGGAUUAUGAUAUGACACUUUUAUUUGGUGGCACUCGUGAUGAUAUUCAAAACGUGACGCUUUUAGAACCUGAAGUGAAAUGUUUGACAGAUAAAGAACUAAACAGCAUAUUGGGUGGACUUGCGGUGACACAGCCUGGUAUAUAUGGACUGGUGCAAAAGAUAGUGAGAUAUCUUGAAUCUCGGGGAAACAUGGGUGCCACUUUACUGGAGAUGAAGCAAAAUUUACUCAUAGAAGAUGAUGAACUGUUUAUGGCAGGUGUCAAUUUGGUGACACGACAAGUCCAACCUCCUUUGGCAACAUUUGUUGGCUAUCAUACUUCUCGAUUGAUACUUUCUACGGAACUGGACACAUGGACAGUCAUUACAAGGGAUAUAGAGGAUAAGACAAUUGAAGAUGUACAACAACAUAUGAAACGAAUCCAUCCACCUGAUGAUGAUGAUGAUGAUAUGGUCGCGAUCAAAGCGGAACCUGGACAAGAAAUGAUGGUGAUUCAAAGGAAAGAAGUGGUCAAACCAUUCUUAUGGAUGGACAUCAACGGUAACAAGACCGUAUCGAUAUGGAAAGGUUGUGUGGAUAUCUUGGUGGAUACAUUGAUGCAUCGUCCUGGCAUUACCUUUGGACAUUUAUGUCGUGUGCUUGUGGGGAUUUUAUCACCGGUGGAGAUCAAAGAUUUGAUUCAAGUAUUACUUUCUUCUGGUGCUCUUCGACAGUUAUCAAUCACAUCCUCCUCCUCUUCUUGUUCACUGUUCUCCUCUUCUUUGGAUUUACGCACGGCUACCUCCAAUUCUAUCGAUCCUUCUUUACAAACAAGUUACUGGUUGACUCCUGGAUAUUACAACAAAAUCUAUCCCUAGUUAUUGUAUUUGUAUAUAUCUCCAUUUAUUUGAUAUAUCUUUACCACCAUGUAUUGAUCAAUAAAAAAUAUUUAAAGACGG